AUGGAGGAGCUUAAAGACGGCAUAGACCGUAUAUAUUUUGGAAACGAAAACUUUGAAGGCGACCAUUUCGUCCCGGAAGCCGCGCUGCUCGAUCUUGUCUGCGAGUCGCUUGUCAAACAGUCGCUACUUGAGAUCCAGACCCCGGCCCAGGAAAUUGUAUACUUAACCGACUCUAUUUUGCGAGGAGCGCGAAAAUGUUUCGCGAUUUUAGUCCUGAUUGGCCGCAGCGCAGCUAUUUCCCGCUUCUUCCAGCGUGACUUUUUGCAACGAUCUUGUCCUGAUGACCGGCUACCAUACACCUCAGAAACACUACAAAGAAUAUUCGAGAAAGAGACGACAUGUCUAACGGUUAAGCGAUUUCUUGAAAAGCAAUGGAUGUUCGUUAUUCCCGUCUUACAGCCGCACAUGAUCUCGCGUACGCUCGACAAAGGAAUUAUACUUCCUUUCCUCAGCGAAGAGGCUGCUGGUCGUGGAUCAAUGGGUACCGCCUGGAAGAUGAAACUGCACCCCGAUUGCCAUCAGCUGCCGUUGGACGGGGACAUAGUUAUACGAAAGCAAAUCGAAUGUGGAAGAGACGGUGACAUGGCCAUCUUCGAAAAAGAACUGGAAAAUCUGUCCCUUCUUACCCAUUUGAACCACCCGAACAUCGUUCAGUUGUAUUGCUCUUAUAUGUACAGGGACAGAUAUAAUCUUAUAUUUGCUUUUGCCGAUGGUGGAUCGCUAACAGAUCUUUUGAACGGAAAAGACGACACAAAAGGGCCAGAGGGUUCACAAUUGUGGCUGGCAUUUGCAAACCUAGCUUCGGCGAUUGACGCAUUGCACAACUUCACCUCGGAACUCCUUGAUCUCAACUUGUCCGGAUGCCACCACGAUCUUGCUCCUCGGAAUAUCUUGAUCCAUGGCAAGACAUUCCUACUUGCGGACUUUGGCCUAUCCAGUUUUAGGAGCGCAGACGAAGAUUCUUUGACUACUUUCAAAGAAGUUCGUGGCUCUUACGUAGCGCCAGAGUGCCAAACCUUGGAUGACAACCAAAUCAAGUCUGAAAAGGUUAACAGAGCUAGCGACAUAUGGUCUUUUGGCUGUAUUCUCUCGGAAGUACUGACACAUAGUAUACUAGGGCCUAACGGCGUGGAGCAGUUUCGAUCCAAGAGGAAAGUUCAAGUAGCCUCUGGCAUUGAAUGGUUUCGUUUUCAUUGUGGGCCGGGCAGGCCAAACCCUGGAGUAGAGUGUUGGCUGGAAAACUUACAAGCAGAUGCCGGGCCAGUCUCUGCACGGUUGGUUGAUUUGGUUCGCGAGAUGCUUUCAAUAGAACCGAGCCAACGCCCUAACUCGGCCCGAGUAUUGACCAUACUCCGCGCCAUAUCGAUCCUAUCUUUUGCUAGCGCUGUUAACGCAGCCCUGGACAAUUUUCCCGAUACGACCCGCAAAAGUAUCGAUCGCAUGCUAGAUGAAAUGCGGUUCCGCAGCUGGUACUUCGCAUUUCACCGACUGCUCGAUGAAUUACACCAAAGCAAGCUCGACAAGCUUGAACUCGACUUUUCCAAGACAAUCCAAGCGUUAGAAGAGCUACACUACAUCUCGGAAGGUAGCAUAGGCGCAGGGCAACCACGGCGACGAACUUUUCUUCAAUAUUAUCACUCGAGAUUACUUGAGGCGCUUCCACCACACUAUCGCUCUUUUGCCAAGGAGCGAAUGGUGGAGCUUGUCUUGGAGAGCGAAGAUGUCACACAAUUACACGGGCUGUCCGAGGCAGUCACCGACGCAGGUGACGAAGACAUCGGGACUUUAGUAGCGGUCAAGCGCCUCACCAUCAUGUCUAAUGACGGCUCUCUAAUCGAGGAUAAGGAUCUAAUCCUGGACGAAAACGAUGUCAAUUUGAGCGUUGAUAUUGACAUCCACAGCUGCGCAGUGCUGCAGAACACGUCCGAUAAGGUACUGGUCGAGUGGCUGCGAUACAGGGAUGUGUGGGCCGACGAAGAGAUCGGAAAGGAGCUUCGCCGCCGAUUAUCAUCUGUAGUCAGCCUGCUCCACGCUGAAAGCACAGCGAGGAUUCCUGGCAGCCUAUUUUGCAAAGGCAUAUUCCAUGAUCCUUCACGCCAUGCUUUUGGCGUUGUCUACGAUAUUCCAAAUACGGGAAUGCCAGUUACCUUGCACCAGCUACUCAAGGCACCUAAAGGCAUGUAUCGUCCUCUCCUUGAGCAGCGGUUUCGCCUGGCUGCGGACAUUUGCCGGUGUAUUUACAAAUUUCACCAAGUGGGACGGCUGCAUCGUAAUCUCCACUCGAUGAAUGUGCUAUUCUUCCCACGGGAAAAGACUGAAAACGCCAAAUGGGCUACAGAACCGCGGAUUCUGGGUUUCGCCAGCAGCCGCGAAAACGACUCUGAUGCUUUCACAUGUGGACCAGAUGAUAUCGGUCAACUCCGGAACUACCAACAUCCGGAGUAUCUUGCCCACAGGGACCGCUACCGAGAGGAGUUUGAUUACUAUUCCGUGGGUAUGAUCCUACUGGAAAUCGGUCUCUGGAAUACACUUUCGAAGAUUACCGAGUCACCGCGUUUCCAGAACACAUCAGACGAGAAGUUCUGCACGGAAGUUAUCAGGAGUAGAGUCUCCCAACUUGGCGUCGCGAUGGGAACAAGCUAUAUGGAAGCAGCCCUCGCAUGUGUGGAGGGAGGAAUUUCAGACGGGCCUGGGCCGUCGCUGUGGGUAGAGCGCCGUGGAUGUAGGUGGUUUAAAAUGGCAGUUAUAGACCGAAUUCCGGUGAUGAAAUAG